AUACCGUGUUCAUUAUAAGUAAAUAUAACCUGUCGCUCAGCCGACAUUUAUAACAUUUAAUAAAAUCUGAAAUACUUUUGUUGGUGGGGUUUGCGAUGUUUUCCCUGGGGUUAAAAUCCUGUUGAUGGCUGCAUGGGGCACAGGCGGUGAACAGGACAGUUUGGCUCGGCUCGGGUCCUGAAGCAGCGGCGGGAAGAUGGCGGCCCCCAGAGAGGAGCCGAGUUGCCAGGAUUUCUCGGAAUUUCAGGAAAUAUUACGGGUGAUGCGACAAAUUGAUGAUAGGAUAAUCCAUGAAUUAAAUACUAGUCUCCCUACAGCAUCCUUUGCUGGGAAGAUUGAUGCAAGUGCAAGAUGCGAAGAGCUUUACCAUUCAUUAAAGGAAGCUCAUGCCAGUAGAGAAAAAGCCAUAAAGACCUGCAUAAACCAGUCCUCCAGUAUGGUGAACAAAUUACGAGAAGAGAGGAAUAAAGACAAGGAUAAUUUAACACUAAUAAAACGACUCCGAAAAGAACAAACUAACUUGAAACUAAUGCAGUCUGAAUUAAAUGUUGAAGAGGUUAUCAAUGACAGAAGUUGGAAGGUCUUCAAGGAACGCUGCAGAAUUCAUUACAAGCCUUCAAACAACCUGUGAACCUGAAGCAUUGAAGACAGGCCAGACUCUGCCUACCCAUGGCUUGAAAAGAAUGAAUUAAAUUGAUGUUAUUCAGGUUAAAGCACAGUGGACCAUCACAGGGACCGAUUAUGGGUAUAAGCCAAGAGUUGUUAGGACAGGCCUUUUAUCAUUGAGAGAAAAGUGUAGUUCUGGUAAUUACCUAAGCCAGCCUGUAAAAUUGGUUUUCACCAAUUUCUUAUGCUGCAAGCUUUUCAAAAAAAUCACUUUGAAUAUCAUACGAAAUCUUUCAUAAUUUUUUUUAAAUUUCAUAAUGGAACAGUUCAGUUUAUGCCAGGGAAUAUAUCUGGAAAUGUCUGUUUUUAUUACAUUGAUUUUCCCAUUUGUCCUGUGCAUAAUUACUGGACAGUAUCGCAAUUUUUCAAGAUUACCUCACUUGGAAUGAAUAGUCAGGGCUUUAAGUUGAAAAAAAUUGGAUUUUUAAAGUGUUACCUAUCAAUUUCACUUGGUAACUUGAAAUGCAAGUAUUGAUUCAUCUCCCAAUCAACAUAGUGCAUUUUGUUAGCUAAGUGUACAGAAUAAAAUCAUGAUUAAGCUAUGCACAUCGUAACAAAUUUUGAAGACUAAAUUGAGACAUUAGAUUUUGACAGACUAUUCUCAUCUGUGGUGUUCAGGCAAGGAAUUAAGGCCAGUAACAGUUGUAAAUUGCAGAUUAACAACAGAGUUUAUAAAAUUAGAAUCCUUUCCUCAGGCUCAUCUUCAUUUUGAAACUGAAUUAGCAUUUAUCUUGUGCAUUUAUUCUGUAUCCAUUUUAUAAAAUUUUUAAAAAAUGUGAUUUCCAUGUAAGAUGGAACAAGAUGAAAGGGCCUCACACCCCUUACUACAGGACUCAAUUUCUACCAUCUUUCAGUUUUCUUGCAUGUUUAAUGGGAGAUGUACUCAAAGUGGCAAAGAUACCAAAGUAUUUAUUUGGCCUUUCAGUUAUUCCUGGCUUUUACCUUUUGUGUGCUAUAUAAUGUACUCUCUCCAUUAAAUAAAAACACAAUCUGGAAGUGGGGAAUAAAGUAAUUCUUCCCUUUGUUCCCACUGCACAUAACCAAGUUGCCAAGAAGCUGCUUCCAACAAGUAUUACCCUGUGGAAUAAACAGAUACAGGCAAUGAUACAUGAAAAAUAAUCAUUGAAAUGGGUGAAGUGAUAUUGCUACUGUCUGCUUUUGUGUUUAUAUUCAAGAGGAUUCUACUGAAUCAUAAAUGUCAUGAGUUCCAUUAUCUUUAUGAAACGGAAUACAUUUUAAGAUUUAAAAAGGUCUGUCUUUUCAUAUGUUGAAAGCUUGACAUUCAGUUUUGUAUAACAUAUAAUUCAUGUUCUUGAAAUCACAAUGAAUGAAACAAUACUUUAUAUCUAGAGUAUGUCAUAUGUAUUAAUAUCCACUGGUGCUUUUAAGCUUGGUGUAAGUAUAGAUAGUGUGAAAUGUACUCCUUCGAAAGAGCUGGACCUCCCCUCAUUAAAAGCAACAAAGAAUUCUGUUUUUACUGAUUAUUUUAAUGUCCAAGUUUAUUAAAAUUCCAUUUUAAUACUGUCAGAGCCUGCUGUGAAAGUUUGAACUCUUAGGAGCCAUCUAUUGCGGUACAUUUUCCUCACUUGUCUUUGAAAUUUUUCUCAUUUUAAUUGUACCUGGCAUUUCAAAGUUUGAGCAUGCAGUGGAAUAGCUUGUGUAUAGUAGACUGUACAUGUAUUUUUUACCUUAAUGAACUGUACUAAAUGUGCCAGUAUAAAUUUAGUAUUGCCAAAGUUAUUAACAUCAAAUGUAGCCUUCGAAGGGUUAAAUGAAGGUCAAAUUUGGCAUAAACCCUAUGUAGGUCUCUAAGCAGCAGAGAACAAGAUUGCCCAUAUAUUGGAAGAAUUUUCCUAAUCUACAAGACCCAACCUUACACACAAAAGGUAAAACCUGGGAACUUUACCUUUUUCACACAACAGAAUUUUAGGAUUAAUUUUGAGAACUACUAGCUUUCUGCUAAAAUUUACUAAAUAUUCAUAGUGAAUUCAAGUCCAACACUGUAGCAACACAUACUUACCAUCUCUUUAAUGAGUAGCAGAAACAAUUGGUCAGAGUGCAGAAGAAUUGUUUCUUCCUCUCGAAGGUCUGACAAGUCUUUAUUCAAAUGAAUAGUGAUAAUUGAUAAAUAAAACCGGAUUUCCUAAUGUAUUGAUUUAAUGGUUGCAGUACUUGUUCAAGACCACUGAUGUAAUAAAAUUAACAGAUUCAAGCUUCCUGCACUUUGUGUUCCCCAACUGUAACAUAGUGGCAAAAAUGACAUCUUUAUUUGAUAGUAUUUUAAAUCACUUGAUAUCUGGAAGUACUUAAGAUUGUCAGAAGUUCUACAAAAGAGGCAAGAUACUGACUGGAAGAUGAAAUAAUAAUUCUAAUUGAUUAGGAAGAUGUCUUUUAAACACCAGGUUGAAAAGUCAUUAUUUCCAUAAUGUUGUAUUAAAGCAAUAAAAUCCUUUGACAAGCA